AUGCAGCACCUGCCGAGCUUCGAGUACGAGCAGAAGGACCUGGGAACCGAUUGGGUCGUGGCGAACAUUCCAGUCCCGCCCAAAGUACGUCACGAUGUCGUCAUCGUCAUCGGAUACCGCAAGAAAGGCCUGCACGGAAUCAUGCUGCCAAGCCCAAUUCCGGACCCGGAGCAUUCAUCCAUGUCGUUCAUCCUCAAGUGGCCGACCGGAACCUUUCCGGCGGAAUGGCACGCCCAGCAGACCCCCCGGGACGCGAAACGGUUCCUGGAGGAGACGUUCCCGUGGCUCGAGGUUCCCGAAGACGCGGCCGCGCGGCUCAAGGCGCAGCGACCCGCGCGCGGCUUUGAGUUGAAGUGCAGCCAGUAUCACGACCCCCGGGGCCAGGCAGUUCUCAUCGGCGACGCGGCGCAUUGCUCGGGGCCGAACCUGGGGCAGGGCUGCAACAUCGGGAUGCAGGACGCGGCCGCGCUCGCGCAGCUGCUCGCGGACAUGGUGAAAACUAGAGCGACGCCCUUUUCUUUCGAUCCUUUGCGAACAGUGAAGGACGCAGGACGGAGCCGAACGAGCGCAGCUGCUCGUGGACAUGGAGGAGCCGGGGUAUCUACCUGGAGGAACCGGGGCAACUACCGGGCGUGCUGGAGCGCUUCUCCCGCGCUACGGGUCCCUGAGGGCCACGCCCUAAGUUGCUUCAACUUCGUUCCGGUAGCGUUCCGUUUGUUGUUCCGCCCACCGGAACCGGAAUCCUGCUCUCUGCAGGAGGAACCGGGGCAACUACCGGGCGUGCUGGAGCGCUAUUCCGCGCUAAGGGUCCCUGAGGGCCACGCCCUGGUGGACCUCUCCGAGUCCCAAAACGCGGCGAGCGACUUCCUAUACGCUAUGAGCAGCGUACGAACCAUAGUGCAGUCCACGCUCCACAAGUGGGUUCCCUGGCUGGUUAGCAACUCGAUCUUCGGGCUCGGCGUUUCUCCAAUGCCCCUGACGUCCAUUUACCAACGGCACAAAGCUUGGGUCGACCGGACCGUUGAAUCCAACCGAAGGCAUCGGCUAAGCAGGACGAUUGGGAGUACACAGGACGAAAGGCGUGAAGGCCUACCUUUUUUGAAGUUAAGCUAG